AUGCAGCGUGGGACCAACUCUUUGCGUCCUGUGACUAUUCGCCAGGUGCUGAACGCGUCGCAACCACACUCAGAUGCCCCUUUUGUCUUUGACGAUGCGGAACUGAGCCAAGUCUCGUUGGUCGCGUGGAUCCGCAGUAUUAACCGCAACACGACCAAUGUGCAGUACACAUUGGAUGAUGGUACGGGACAAAUUGAUGUGCGUCAAUGGGUGGACCACUCUCUGGAUGAAGGCGGCCAGACGGAAGAGUUUACCGAGAACCAAUUCGUGCGCAUCCUGGGCGAGAUUAAGUCAUUCAACAACAAGCGCAGCAUCACAGCAGCAUCUGUGGCUGUGAUUGAGGAUCAUAAUGAGUACCUUUUCCACCAGCUCGAGGUUAUUCAGGCUCAUUUGGCGCUUCUUAAGGGUGGAUCGGUACGUCUCACCUGUCUGACUCACAUCCAGACGUCCAAAGUACCAGCCAGCAGUGUCGAGGCAUCUGCAUACAAUGAUGCUGCAUUGAAUUCAGCUGAUCCCAUGGCGACAGACCUCUCUCACCUGACGCCUCUGCAGCGCAAGAUCUACCAGGCUAUUGCCGCCGAGGCACCGGACUGGCCGGAGGGUGUCGACAUCCAGCAGGUCUUCCAACGCUGCAAGAAUACCGACCCGGCCCAGGUUCAGGAUGCCAUUGAUGAGCUUGCCAACGAUGGUUACAUUUACCAAGCUAGUGACGAGACGCACUACCUUACCACGGCUGGAUAA